GACUUUCGUGCCCUCUCGCUUUUAAUAGAAGCUGCAUCAGCGACAUGGCUUUCCGUGAGCUCUGGCGGCAAAAGCCACCGGAUUUUCUGUAGGAGAGGAGAGAAGAAAGAGGAUUAUUCGAUAGAGAUUGAAGACGCUUCAGUGGUCUUUUGCUUUGAGAUUACUGGCAAAGUUUGAAAAUUUUCCAAAUCAAAGAGGAACCUGAAGAUUGUCUUUCAGGGUAGCAAUAUCUCCACAUUAAUCAUGGGUCCAGUACAUGAUAUUGGAACCAAUACCUCAAGAAACAAAUCCAUCAGAAAAACUGUUUUCAGCUUCAAGACAUACCAGGCCAUUGUUCUGUUAUUGACAUUUUUUGCAUAUGCCAGCUAUCAUGCAACAAGGAAGACAACAAGCAUUGUUAAAGGUGUCCUUGAUCCUCACACGACGCAAUUGGGCUUCUCCCCUUGGACAAGGUCAUACUUUCUUAAAGCGCAGCAGCAAGAACAACAACAUUCUAAACUCCAAAAUGGUUGGGCUCCAUUUGAUGGUGUACAUGGUACCGCUAUGCUUGGUCAGAUUGAUGUCGCCUUCCUUGCGAUGUACUCCCUUGGCAUGUACUUUACCGGACAUUUAGGUGAUCGGGUCGACCUCAGAAUUCUUCUGACGGUGGGAAUGGUUGGUACUGGUCUAUUCACUGCUCUCUUUGGCGUCGGUUACUGGCUAAACAUCCAUAGCUUCUACUACUUCCUUGUGGUUCAGCUGUUAGCCGGUGUGCUCCAGUCAACAGGAUGGCCCUCAGUUGUUGCUGUAGUAGGAAACUGGUUUGGUAAGAGUAAGAGAGGACUAAUAAUGGGUAUUUGGAAUGCUCAUACCUCAGUUGGGAAUAUAGCUGGUUCAUUGAUUGCUUCUGCUUGUCUGAGUUAUGGAUGGGGAUGGUCUUUUGCUGUUCCUGGUAUUCUCAUCACCUUUGUUGGUUUGAUGGUCUUUUUUUUCCUGCCUGUUAGUCCUGAUGCAAUUGGAAUUGAGAAAGAGGAGUACCUACUUAAGUCUCCUGAGAAGGACAAAAUGACAGAGCCACUCUUGGAAGGCAAACCAGAUAAAGAGGAUAAAGCCAUCAGCUUUUUUGCAGCUUGGAGAAUCCCUGGUGUUGCUCCAUUUGCUCUCUGUCUUUUUUUCUCCAAACUUGUGGCCUAUACUUUCCUGUAUUGGUUGCCCUUCUACAUCACUGAUACAGCUAUUGAUGGUGAGUUCCUAUCAGACUCAACGGCGGGGACCCUAUCAACACUCUUCGAUGUGGGAGGAGUAAUUGGAGGCAUUCUUGCUGGUCAUAUUUCUGAUCGUUUUGAUGCUCGGGCAUUGACAGCCGCAUGCUUCAUGUACUGUGCAAUCCCAGCCAUCUACUUCUACCGCAUCUAUGGAAGUGCCUCUCUCUACUGCAACAUUGCUCUCAUGCUUGUUAAUGGAAUGCUCGUCAAUGGCCCAUAUGCACUGAUAACUACCGCAGUCUCGGCGGACCUCGGCACUCAUAGUUCCUUGGAUGGGAACUCUCGGGCUUUGGCGACGGUGACGGCGAUCAUAGAUGGUACAGGUUCUGUCGGUGCGGCCAUCGGUCCAUUGCUGACUGGAUACAUCUCAGCCAAGAGCUGGGGUGCAGUGUUUAUAAUGUUGAUGGGGGCUGCUCUUGUAGCUGGGCUGCUACUAACCAGGCUUGUGGUGGCAGAGCUAUCCACCAAAUUAGAAUCUGUAAAAUUGAAAACAGCAGGGACGGCUUCCUUGCCUGAGCCGAAUCUUGUGGCUCAUGUUGUGUAAGUAAAAAAAAAUCAUAAUUUAAGCUUCGUUCGGAACGGUUUUUUUACUGCUUCUUAAAGCAACUUUUCAGUAUAAAAAUUAAGAUUUGUGGACUAAAAAACUGCUUUAAGAAAUAGUAAAUAAGCUGUUCCGAAUGAAGCUUUAAUGUAUAGCGAAGAUUUCAGAGGUUGAAAUUGAAUAGGAAGGAAUGUGCUCCUUGUUUUUUUUUGUAUGAGCAAGUGGCCUUCUUGUGAUUGAAGCUGAUUGCUUAGUAGGAUAUCAUAACAAAGUUGGGAUGGAUUUGACAA